AUGUUGUCACAGAUUGUAAAUUCAUCAGUUUUGAGAGGUGCCUCUGGAUUCGUUCGUCCAUUUGCAUCUGCAACUGUUGUUAAAUACUCUAGCUUCGGUCGUCCAGAGGAGGUUUUGAAAGUUGAAAAAGAUAAUGUACCAGAUAAUGUUGGAGCAUCAGAUGUUUUAGUAGAGAUGAUUCACGCACCAAUUCAUCCAGUCGAUAUUAAUUUAGCAGAGGGUACCUAUGGUAUUCGACCAAAGCUUCCAUCGGUUGCCGGUACUGAGGGUGUCGGUAUCGUCAAGAAGGUCGGUUCAUCGGUACAGGGAUUGAAGCCAAACGACUACGUCGUCCCAGUUAUCUCUAGCAGUAUCGCCGGUACCUGGAGAACCCAAGGUGUCUUUGGAGAGAAGCAACUCCAAAAGGUGCCAUCCGACAUUCCAACCGAGUAUCUCUCGGCCGUCUCUAUCAACCCAUGCACUGCCUUGCGUUUGCUCGACGACUACGUCCAACUGAAAUCGGGUGACGUCAUCAUCCAGAAUGCCGCCAGCUCCAUGGUCGGACUCUCUGUUAUCCAAAUCGCCAAGUCACGUGGUGUCAAGACAAUCAACGUCAUUCGUCGUGGUCCAGAUUUCGACGACCAAGUCCAACGUCUCAAGGGACUCGGUGGUGACAUCGUUGUCGACGAAGACUACGUCCGUAGCCCAGAGUUCCAACGUUUGAUCUCUGACUUGCCACGUCCACGUCUCGCACUCAAUGCAGUCGGUGGUGACAGUGCCACCGAAUUGGCACGUGUCCUCGGUGACAACGGACACUUGGUCACCUACGGUGGAAUGUCACGUCGUCCAGUGACCAUCCCAACAUCACACCUCGUCUUCCGUAACAUCACAUCACACGGAUUCUGGUUGACCAAGUGGUUGGAGACACACAGCCAACAGGAGCGUCAAGCCAUGUUCGACACUGUAUUCUCACUCAUCCGUAACAAGCAACUCAAACUCUGGUUGGAGAAACACAAAUUCUCUGAUUUCCAAGGUGCUUUGGCCCGUUCACAAGAGCCAGCCAAGGGUAGAAAGAUUAUUUUAGAUCUCCAACUUUAA